AUGAGCAGUGCCCGGCUUCGGAAAACAUUCAAGUAUCCUUCCGAAGAUGAUGAGGACAUGUCGCACGAAGAAAUGGACGAAGAAGAACAAGAACACCUCCUCCAGAAUCUGCAGGCCUCGGAGACGUCCACUAAUGCCAUCUACACCAUCCUGUUCACGGGCCUGCCGCUCCUCGUCACCCUCCCGUUCAUGUGGUACCUCUCGAUGUCGACUUCGAGAGCCAUGGCGUUUCUGUGCCUGCUGAGCAUCACCUCGCUCGCCUCCAGUGCCUACAUCAUGUACAUGAUCCCGACAUCGACGCCGCUGGGAUCUCUCUCCGCCCUGACGCGCACCUCAACGGUCACCCGACAGCGACAGGCGCACGGUACGGGAGUUUCUCGGACCGGCUUCCUCCCAACGUCCAGCGACAGUCCGAUCAACCAAUACCUUCCUUACCUCAACGCGUUCAUCGAUGCGCUACUAUUGGUUGCCUCACUGGGUUAUCGCUCACGAAACGACGUGCCGGAGGGUUUAUGGCUGUUUCUGCUGCUCCCCGGCCUUAUUUUUGCCAUGGUCUUCAUCACGAGAAGGAGCAUGUUCGAAGUUCACGCCGGACUGGCCGAAUUGGAGGGCAUGAGGUAUGACUAUAGGGGAGCUUAA